AUGAGUGAACAAUUAAGUAACUCCCCACGAGAUGAAGACAAGGACGUGGAGGCUGGAACCAGCAGCUUCACCGACUCUGAAGAUAGUCCGUUUGACAUUGCCAGUACUAAGAAUGCUCCAGUGGAGCGAUUACGCCGUUGGAGGCAAGCGGCUCUUGUACUUAAUGCGUCUCGUCGGUUUCGAUAUACCCUGGACUUGAAAAGGGAAGAAGACAAGAAACGGAUGCUGAGGAAGAUGAGAGCGCAUGCCCAAGCAAUAAGAGCUGCACACCUUUUUAAAGCAGCUGCAAGCCGAGUGAAUGGAAUUACAAGUCCACCUCCAACUCCUGGCGGUGGUGAUUUUGGUAUCGGACGGGAGCAGAUUGUAUCGAUAUCAAGGGAUCAAAAUAUAGGAUCUCUUCAAGAACUUGGAGGGGUCAAAGGGUUAUCUGACCUGUUGAAAACAAACUUGGAGAAGGGUAUACAUGGGGAUGAUGAUGACAUAUCGAAAAGGAAAUCUGCUUUUGGAUCAAACACAUACCCCCAGAAGAAAGGGAGAAGUUUCUGGAGAUUUGUAUGGGAAGCUUCUCAAGAUCUUACUUUGAUCAUACUGAUUGUAGCAGCAGCUGCUUCUUUGGCAUUGGGAAUAAAGACCGAGGGUAUCAAAAAGGGAUGGUACGAUGGGAUCAGCAUUGCUUUUGCCGUUCUUCUUGUCAUUGUGGUGACAGCUACCAGUGAUUAUCGGCAAUCUCUUCAAUUCCAAAAUUUAAAUGAAGAGAAAAGAAAUAUACGUAUAGAGGUUACCCGCGAUGGUAGAAGAGUUGAGAUUUCAAUUUAUGACAUUGUGGUGCCUGCGGAUGGAGUUUUAGUUGCUGGCCAUUCCCUUGCGGUUGAUGAGUCCAGCAUGACUGGGGAGAGCAAAAUUGUUCACAAAAACCCUGCCAAGAAUCCAUUCCUUAUGUCCGGCUGUAAAGUUGCAGAUGGCCAUGGGACAAUGUUGGUUACUGGGGUAGGGGUCAACACUGAAUGGGGCUUACUAAUGGCUAGCGUCUCAGAAGACAAUGGUGGAGAAACUCCGUUGCAGGUACGCUUGAAUGGUGUUGCAACAUUUAUCGGAAUCGUGGGGCUUACAGUUGCUGGCGUUGUAUUAUUUGUCCUUGUCGUCCGCUACUUUACUGGUCACACGAAGAAUGAAGCGGGAGCCCCUCAGUUUGUUGGAGGGAAGACGAAAUUUGAUCACGUGCUAGAUGAUCUUGUUAAGAUCAUCACUGUUGCAGUUACAAUUGUUGUAGUGGCAGUGCCUGAAGGACUUCCUUUGGCUGUUACCUUGACUCUUGCGUAUUCCAUGAGGAAGAUGAUGGCAGAUAAAGCUUUGGUGCGCAGGCUUUCUGCCUGUGAGACCAUGGGCUCUGCAACAACAAUUUGCAGUGAUAAGACGGGAACUUUGACCUUAAACGAGAUGACUGUUGUUGAGUGCUAUGCUGGGUUCCAAAAGAUGGAUCCUCCGGAUAGCAGCUCGAAAUUGCCACCUGCUUUUACAUCCAUACUUGUUGAGGGAAUUGCUCAUAAUACAACUGGCAGUGUGUUCCGAUCUGAAAGUGGUGAGAUUCAGGUUUCUGGAUCGCCGACAGAAAGAGCUGUUCUCAAUUGGGCGAUAAAGUUAGGCAUGAAUUUCGAUGCCCUUAGGUCUGAGUCUUCUGCUAUUCAAUUUUUCCCAUUCAACUCAGAGCAGAAACGUGGAGGCGUAGCAGUGAAAUCACCGGAUUCAAGUGUCCGUGUUCAUUGGAAAGGUGCUGCUGAAAUUGUUUUGGGUUCCUGCACACACUUUAUGGAUGAGAAUGAGAGUCUUGUAGAUAUGAGUGGAGAUAAGAUGACCGAGUUAAAAAACGCUAUCAAUGAUAUGGCUGCAAGGAGUCUCCGCUGUGUUGCAAUUGCCUUCAGAACAUUUGAAGCGGACAAGAUUCCAACUGAUGAAGAGCAACUUUCUAGAUGGGUAUUACCUGAGGAUGAUCUUGUACUGUUGGCUAUUGUUGGUAUAAAGGUUCGAAUGGUGACUGGUGAUAACAUCCAAACUGCCAGAGCAAUUGCACUGGAGUGCGGUAUAUUAGCUUCAGACUCGGAUGCUAGCGAGCCAAAUCUGAUUGAAGGAAAAGUAUUCCGAUCCUAUUCUGAAGAAGAAAGAGAUAGGAUUUCAGAAGAGAUAUCUGUAAUGGGUAGAUCAUCACCCAAUGACAAACUUCUUCUUGUGCAAUCGCUGAAGAGAAAGGGACACGUCGUGGCUGUGACUGGUGAUGGAACCAAUGAUGCUCCUGCACUCCACGAGGCAGAUAUAGGUCUCUCUAUGGGUAUUCAAGGCACUGAAGUUGCAAAGGAAAAGUCAGACAUCAUUAUUUUGGAUGACAACUUUGAAUCCGUUGUGAAGGUUGUCCGCUGGGGUCGGUCUGUGUAUGCCAAUAUUCAAAAGUUCAUUCAGUUUCAGCUCACGGUUAAUGUCGCAGCUCUUGUCAUCAAUGUUGUGGCUGCCAUUUCCGCGGGUGAUGUUCCUCUAACUGCAGUACAGCUCCUCUGGGUCAAUCUUAUAAUGGAUACUCUUGGGGCUCUUGCUCUAGCCACCGAACCACCAACCGAUCACUUAAUGGAUCGACCUCCUGUUGGCAGAAGAGAACCUCUCAUCACAAAUAUCAUGUGGAGAAACUUGUUUAUACAAGCGAUGUACCAAGUAACCGUUUUGUUAAUCCUCAAUUUCCGUGGGAUAAGCAUCCUUCAUCUGAAGAGUAACCCCAAUCCUGAGAGAGUGAAGAAUACAGUCAUCUUCAACGCCUUCGUCAUCUGCCAGAUCUUCAACGAGUUCAACGCACGGAAACCAGAUGAAAUAAACAUCUUCAAAGGAGUUCUCCGUAAUCACCUCUUUGUGGGCAUCAUUGGUAUCACCAUUGUGCUUCAGGUAGUCAUCGUCGAGUUCCUUGGAACAUUUGCCUCAACGAUUAAGCUUGAUUGGGAGAUGUGGCUCAUAUCGAUUGGGAUCGGUUCCAUCAGUUGGCCAUUGGCGGUGAUCGGAAAAUGCAUACCGGUUCCAGAAACUCCGGUCAGCCAAUACUUCAGAAUAAACCGGUGGAGAAGAAACUCAUCAGGUUAA